ACAGGUCACGGGGCGGUGCCGAGGCGGAAGAGCCCGCAGCCCCGGAUCGAAUCCUCCUGGGCUCCGCCCAGCGCCUUCCUCCUGCCCCGACUCCGCUGGUCAGCGUCAAGUGACUUAUGCCCCCGACCCUGAGCCCGGACCGCUAGGCGAAGAGGAUCAGAUCUCCGCUCGAGAAUCGGAAAGUGCCCUGGUCCUGGAGGAGUUCCGUCCCAGCCCACGGUCUCCCGGCACUGUCGGGCCCCGGUCCUCUGGAGCUUCAGGAGGCGGCCGUCAGGGUCGGGGAAUAUUUGGGUCUGGGGUCUCGGGGAGGGCGGCGCCUGGGUCUGUGGUCUCGGAAAGAGCCUGCUGGAGCCAAGUGGCCCUCCCUCUCCUGGGACAGACCCCUCGAUCCCGUGUACAUGGGGGCACCGCGGUCCCUCCUCCUGGCCCUGGCUGCUGGCCUGGCCGUUGCCCGCCCGCCCAAUAUCGUGCUGAUCUUUGCUGACGACCUCGGCUAUGGGGACCUGGGCUGCUAUGGGCACCCCAGCUCUACCACCCCCAACCUGGACCAGCUGGCAGCAGGAGGGCUGCGGUUCACAGACUUCUACGUGCCUGUGUCUCUGUGCACACCCUCUCGGGCCGCCCUCCUGACCGGCCGGCUCCCAGUUCGGAUGGGCAUGUACCCUGGCGUCCUGGUGCCCAGCUCCCGGGGGGGCCUGCCCCUGGAGGAGGUGACCCUGGCCGAGGUCCUGGCUGCCCGAGGCUACCUCACAGGAAUGGCCGGCAAGUGGCACCUUGGGGUGGGGUCUGAGGGGGCCUUCCUGCCCCCCCAUCAGGGCUUCCAUCGAUUUCUAGGCAUCCCAUACUCCCAUGACCAGGGCCCUUGCCAGAACCUGACCUGCUUCCCACCGGCCACACCCUGCGACGGUGGCUGUGACCAGGGCCUGGUCCCCAUCCCACUGUUGGCCAACCUGUCCGUGGAGGCGCAGCCCCCCUGGCUGCCCAGAUUAGAGGCCCGCUAUGUGGCUUUCGCCCAUGACCUCAUGGCCGACGCCCAGCGCCAGGAUCGCCCCUUCUUCCUGUACUACGCCUCUCACCACACCCACUACCCUCAGUUCAGUGGGCAGAGCUUUGCAGAGCGUUCAGGCCGCGGGCCAUUUGGGGACUCCCUGAUGGAGCUGGAUGCAGCCGUGGGGACCCUGAUGACAGCCAUAGGGGACCUGGGGCUGCUUGAAGAGACGCUGGUCAUCUUCACUGCAGACAAUGGACCUGAGACCAUGCGUAUGUCCCGAGGCGGCUGCUCUGGCCUCCUGCGGUGUGGAAAAGGAACCACCUACGAGGGCGGUGUCCGAGAGCCUGCCUUGGCCUUCUGGCCAGGUCACAUCGCUCCUGGAGUGACCCAUGAGCUGGCCAGCUCCCUGGACCUGCUGCCCACCCUGGCAGCCCUGGCUGGGGCCCCACUGCCCAAUGUCACCUUGGAUGGCUUUGACCUCAGCCCCCUGCUGCUGGGCACAGGCAAGAGCCCUCGGCAGUCUCUCUUCUUCUACCCGUCCUACCCAGACGAGGUCCGUGGGGUUUUUGCUGUACGGAGUGGAAAGUACAAGGCUCACUUCUUCACCCAGGGCUCUGCCCACAGCGACACCACUGCAGACCCUGCCUGCCACGCCUCCAGCUCUCUGACUGCUCAUGAGCCCCCGCUGCUCUACGACCUGUCCGAGGACCCUGGUGAGAACUACAACCUGCUGGGGGGUGUGGCCGGGGCCACCCCAGAGGUGCUACAAGCCCUGAAACAGCUUCAGCUGCUCAAGGCCCAGUUAGAUGCGGCUGUGACCUUCGGCCCCAGCCAGGUGGCCCGGGGCGAGGACCCUGCCCUGCAGAUCUGCUGCCGUCCUGGCUGUACUCCACACCCAGCCUGCUGCCAUUGCCCAGAUCCCCGUGCCUGAGGGCCCCUCGCCCUGCCUGGGCAUGUGAUGGCUCAUCACUGUGAGCCUAUGGGGGAGGCACAGGUGUCUGGAGGGAGUUUGUACCUGAUAACAUAAUAACACCAGUUGAGACUUGCAGGUGUGA